AUGGGCUGCCGGCCGCGGCCGGGGCUGCUGCUGUGGCUCCUGGCGGGCGCCUGCGGCCUGGCCCUGCUGGCCUACUGCCUCCGCUUCGACCGGCAGCGCCGCGGCGCCCCGGACUUCAAGCGCAGGCUGAGGGAGAGAAGAAAAAAAGAGUGUAAACAGGCAAAAGAACGUGAGAAAGAGUUGCGAGAGUUGAAAGAUACCACCAAGAUCCAAGAAUUCUUUCUGCAAGAGAUACAGCUGGGUGAGCUAUGGCUGGCCAGAGGAGAACAAAAGAAGGGCAUUGAACAUCUUGUCAACGCCAUUUCAGUGUGUAAACAUCCAGCCCAGCUCAUACAAGUCCUGGAGCAGACUCUGCCACCCCAAAUAUUUGAGAUGCUGGCACACAGAAUCCCAUCUGUAAUGCAACGGCUUGAGACAGCACUGAACGAGGAGGAUGCAUCAGAUGAGUGA